AUGACAUAUUCUUCAUAUCCUGCGUACACGGAGGAUAUCUCCGUUGCUGGCUCGUUAUUAAGAGAUAAAAUUUCUGGUCUCUAUGAAUCGAUAGUGAGGAAGGAGAAACAAUUUUCGGAUUGUGAACUCGAACCUUCGUUAAGAGUUCUUAUCAAGGUGGAUAAGGUGCAGUUGGUGGAUCGCUUGGGUGUCGAACCGAACAUUAUUGGCACAUUACACAUAACCACUUCGCAUAUUAUAUUUCGUUCAGAAGAAGGUACAAAGGAACGUUGGGUGAGUUGUCUUUUUUAG